AUGCAUAAGCUAUUUCCUGGAAGUGGCUUUUUCGACUUCGAAUCGCUUCGUAUUCUUGGGACGGCAGUUUAUGGCGGUGCUGACGCGGCAGAAGUCCUCGAGGCAGUAGGACAGAUCAAGUCGGAGGAUCCAAAGUCAUGGGAAACGGCCUGGGGUAUCCAAGCUGAAAGAGCGCAGGCGCUGGCUGAGAAAGCGCUCCAACACGGGGACCGCGACAACGCAAAACGAAACUAUCUCAAGGCAGCCAACUACACUCGGGCUAGUGGAUACAUGUACGUCUCGUCUCCUGACGAAACGGGCUCACUGGUACAAGAUCCUCGUUCACUACCGGUUCUGGAAAAAGUGGGUGACCUGUACCGCAAGGCUUUACCCUUGAUGGAAGGGGACGUUCAGACUCUUUCCAUUCCAUAUGAGGAACAUUCUCUUCCUGGGUAUUUAUAUUUGCCACCGCAAGAAAGAAGAAUUCCGGGCAGGCCCAAGAUCCCCGUCCUUCUGGUAUGUGGAGGAGCAGACUCGUGUCAGGAAGAACUCUAUUUCAUGAGUCCUGUGGCCGGGCCGGGUUUGGGCUACGCAGUAGUCACAUUCGAUGGACCUGGCCAGGGUCUUAUGCUUCGAAGAUACGGUCUGGAGAUGCGGCCUGACUGGGAGGUUGUUACUAGUUGUGUAAUUGACUAUCUGAUCGCCUUCAGUGCCAAACAUCCGGAGCUAGAUCUGGAUAUGGAGUCUAUCUCUGUCUCGGGGGCAUCGAUGGGAGCUUAUUAUGCUCUCAGAGCAGCCUCUGACUCCAGAAUCAAGGCAUGCGUAGCUAUCGAUCCCUUCUAUGAUAUGUGGGACUUCGGUACGGCUCACGUGUCGCCACUUUUUAUCAAAGCCUGGACAGGCGGAUGGAUCAGUUCAGGCCUAAUUGACAGCAUGAUGAAAUUGCUAUCCAAGGUCUCGUUUCAACUCCGAUGGGAAAUAUCAGUAUCGGGAACCUUCUUUGGCAUAUCGUCCCCGUCCGGAAUUCUCCUACAUAUGAAGAAAUAUACACUUCGUGGUGAUAGUAACAUGGGGGCUAAGGCAAACGCUUCCUUUCUUACCCAAAUUACUUGCCCGGUGCUGUUGUCGGGUGCAGGAGAAUCGCUGUACUUGGACGUAAAUAAUCACACAAGACGCUGCUUUCAGGCAUUGGAAAAUGUGCCCGAGACGAAAAAGGAGGUUUGGGUGCCCACAAGCGAAGGCCAAGGAAGCAUACAAGCCAAGAUGGGCGCUUUGCCGCUUUGCAACCAAAAAACAUAUCAGUUUCUGGAUAGGGCCUUGGGAAUCGUUAGAAAGCCGUUGACAUAG